AUGAUGGAUGAGGAUGAGGAGCUGAUAAUUGUCUGUUUCAUUUGUCAUGCAAGACUCAUUCACUGUAGGAGAUUGCAACAACAGGCUAUUGAGUCGAAUGCAGUUCUGGAGCAGUUGCUUGCAGGAGGGUCCAUGUCAAUACCAAAACCACAUGAGGCUAGAGAUAAGAUUCAAUUCACACCAAUUAAUCAUAUAGAUAUUUGGCCAGUAGAGUGUGAUAUAGAAAAUGAUUGUAAGGACAAUGUUUUUAUCUUUGAAUCUGUUAAAGUUGAGGAAGAGAAAAUCGAAAAUGAGAAUAUAAAAUUUGAAGUAAACAGGAGUCAUGAAACAGGGCUCCAAAUACUUGUGUGCCCAAGGGCCCAGAGGGAGAUCAGUGCCAUAAGUGAGAAAUGUGCAGUAUUUCAAGACACGUACGUUAAAAAAGAUGAUUUAAAAUUUGAAUUUGAUAAGUAUCAUAAGAAUACACGAGGGCAACUCAUAAGUCACCCUAAUGUCAAUAGCAAGAGAGGCGGUUCUUGCUUACAAGAUAGCCCCGACUGUGACAGCGGGCCGAUGGGCUUAAUGACCGUCCGUAACGAUAAUUAUACGUCGACAAUGACAGUGCAAAAACAGAUAGGUGAUCACCUGUCUUUGUCGGACGCGAGCGCUUGCGCGGUGGAGACAGAUAAGUCUGUCCUAUUCACACACGUGCAACAAGUGGCACAUCAAGAGUACGUGGAGGCCCCUCGUCAAGUAACUGCGGUUUCGAAUGCACACGAGGCAAAUGCAUUUGAGGCGCCCGCGCACCUAUCCUUGUCAUGCGUGAGCGAUACGGAGGCGGAAGAUCAUAAAGCUGUCUCUGUCGCUCCCGUAUUAAGGUCGGAGAUGGCGACUCGAGCGCUUGUCUCGUCUGAGUCAGCUGGUGUGAUGACGUCGUGCAAUGUAGUGAAUGCAGAUAUACAAAGCGCCGUGAACAAGCAAGAUUUUCAAUCUGACGAACAUGGUACUUUGAAACAAAGAGUCGAUGAAAUCGCACGUGUUGCUAGAGAACAGACCACAUCAGCAACUGCAAGACUACAGUACAGAAUUGACUCCCUGGAACAACAAGCCAGACAGACAAAUAUUGAUAUCUGUAACGUACCGGAGCGUAGAAAUGAAAACCUUACAGGUAUCAUCGAACAGCGAUCCACUUCCCCAUUUCAAAGGCAGACACAGUGUCGAUACAUCGGGUUCCUCACGCACACAGCACAAAUGAUGGACCUAAAACAUUGCUAA